CCAUUUAAACGCUCACAUGCUCUUUCCUCCCUUCAAUGACUUCAAAGUAGAAACAUGGCGGCGUGGAAGUGAGACACUGACCCGGGUGAACUACUGCAAAUGAAACAGCAAAAAAAAAGUUUGUGGUUGUUUUUUUUUAGCGCCUGGGAAAACGAAUUCUCGUAAGUAACACUGGAAUGUCUUCUUCCUGCAUCGAGUGGAAAUAAAAUAAGGUUUGUGCUCGCUUUUAAACGCAAAGCCCGCAAGCUCACUACAAAACCAGCUGGAUAAAGACGACUGAAAUGAACGGGGAAACAUUAUGCAAUGGACAUGCUACACUUCACAAUUUUUUCAGCCACCAGCCCUCAAAGGCACCACAUCAUGAGGAGAUCUCUGUCCAGGUCAUCCAAGACGGGAAAUCCUCGAGGAUAUUUUGCACACAAAAUGAGAGACAGAAUAAUUCCAAAAGACCCAGUACUGUAAAUGGUGAGAUUGUUCUUCCCAAAAUGGCUGUGAAAGACGACCUCCAAACACGCAAAGCAGAGGAAAAGAGCAAGCUGCUGCAUUGUAUGCAGGCCCGUUUUCCCUCACCAGCAGAAGUCACUCCAGAAAUCAAAAACACUCGCUCACCGUGCCAGAUAAAGGCAGGUUGUCGUAAAAAGGUCAGAGUGAGGAAGUCUUCGGAAAAAGUUUCAGACAGCAAGAAUUCCACUAAUCGAAAGGUUACUGAUUAUUAUCCCAUACGGAGAAGCUCACGGAAAAGUAAAACCGAAUUAAAGUGUGAACAGAAGAAACACUUAGACGAGCUGAUCACAAAAGGGAUAGAGGAUGGAAUGAUGGUAAAGCACAUUGAAGGAAAGGGAAGAGGUGUUUUUGCAACCCAAAGCUUCCUGAAAGGCCAGUACGUAGUGGAAUAUCAUGGCGACCUGUUGCUGAAAACCGAUGCCAAAAAAAAGGAGGCUGUAUAUGCACAAGACCCUGCUACUGGCUGCUAUAUGUAUUACUUCCAGUAUCUCAGCAAAACAUAUUGUGUGGAUGCUACGAAGGAAACUGACCGCAUGGGAAGGCUCAUCAACCACAGUAAGAACGGCAACUGUCAGACCAAACUCCACGACAUCAAUGGAAUACCUCACCUGAUCCUCGUGGCCUCUCGAGAUAUAGAGGAGGGAGAGGAGCUGCUGUAUGACUAUGGAGAUCGAAGUAAAGCCUCGAUUGCUGCUCACCCGUGGCUCAAACACUGAUGGAUUCUGGGAAGGGAACAGCUUGUUUCUUAAAUCCAGAUUUUAAUGUAAUUAUUGCCUUAGUAAGAUGAGAAUGUUUAGGGGGUAGUACUUGUUUGGGUGUAUUUGGUGACUUAAACACAUUUAGGUUACGGUACAUAUUCCACAUGUCCUACAUGAUACUUUUAAAAAUAUAUAUUUAUCCUGCUACGACAUGCUAGUUUUCACACAUUUCUUUCUUUUUUCUUUUUUGUAUAUUUUAUAUACUUGUAGAGCAGUGCUUCCAAAGCAUGCAGUUAUAGUCAAACUUUCUGCAUUUUUAUAAGACGUUUUCUUAAGCCAGUGUAUAGUAAUUAGUGGCUUAGCAAUAACUAUGUAUUGUGUGCAAACAAUUCUGUGGAAUGCUUAUGAAGAGCCAUGUUUUAAAAGCUUAGAAAUACUGGAAGGUACCCCCUCCCUCAACUUAAUUUGGAGUCUUACGAUUUUACAAUGUUGAGCGUGAUGUGAAGGAUUUGAAAAAAAAUCUAUCGAUCUCUUUUUGAGAAUGAUUAUGAAAUGACCAGAGUGUGAGUAUUCAGCCGAUUCUCUAUGCUGGGAUGAAAGCUUUGUUUAAUAAAAUGAUUUUAUGCAAA